AUGGGUUACGACCGUGAUAACUACCGAGAUCGCGACGGGGGCGGCUACCGCCAACGAUUUCAAAAUCGUAUCAAUGAGAAUGACGUGCCUGAAUCGAAGCACACGGUGUUUGUCCGUGGAUUACCUGGAGAUCUGCAACUUGACGAUAUAAGGUCAAUUCGAAACCGGGUUAUUUCUCGGUGCUUUUCAGGAAGGAAUGGCCGCCGGGAGGAAUUGAAGCGGGGGAAGAAGUUUUGGCAUUUUUUUUUCGAAUAAAAUGUAGUAUUUCUUGUUGAAAAAAAUGUCUUGAAUUAAUAUUUAAUUGUAUUUUUUUAUGUGUACAAUUUGAGUUGUAGUUAAAAUAUCGAUUUUAUUUUUUUGUUCUUUAGUUUUGCUCGUUUUUUUCAUGCCCUUUUCAAAAAUCAUUUCGGGAAAUUGAGGCUUUUUCGUGUAGAAUUAUUUCGCGAAAUAGGUAAAACAAAAAAUUCAAGAGCCGUUAGGAAAAAUGGGUCCUACAACGAUAUAUCGCAAUAUAUGAGUUUUUACGGUUACUUCAACGCGCGAGCUUCAAUUUUGAAGAUAUUUGAACAUUUUCAACAAAAAUCCCAAUUCGCGCGUAAAAAGUUACAUAUCAUGAUAUAUUAUUGCAGGAUUCAAUUUUAAACAGUUUUCGAAAUUCCUAUUUCUCGGAAUGAUUUUAAACGAAUAAAGCGUUAGAAAUCGCUUUGAACACGGCAUAAAGCUCAAUUUCGGGUUUCUAAGGCCUAUUUUUCAGUAAAUCAAACCAAUUUCCCUGUAAGAAUGCCAUUUCCAAUCUGUCGUACUGCUUUCCCCGCUGAAAUUCUCUCCCAGCGGCCGAAAAAAUCCAUUCCAAUUCCAUGGCCUCCAAUUGCAGCUGUCGGUGAAGCGGCAAUGUGUCGAAAACUGGUUGAUAAAUAACUGAUAUUUCCAGACAAACCUAUAAAAGCAUAUCUGAAAUUGGUUGAUUGACAUAUGUGUUGCAAGUGUGAAUAUAUUCGAUGUGUCCGGGAGGCUCUAAUUUCUUUUAAUUAAUUAUGCAUUGAUAGCCGAUGAAUUUUGCGAUGUGAUCACAGGUUGGUUGGCGUUUUUGUGGACGAAUCGGGGUCGGGUCUUGAGUGGAUUUUCAUUUUACUUGAUUUAUGUGGAAAUAAUGAUGAAGAAUUUCAGAAAAAAAUGAAGGGAAAAAUGAAAAGAAAAGUUUUGAUAAAGACAAAUUUUAACACAAGAAUUGGCCAAGUUCUGAAAAUUGCUAGUUUUUCGGAUUUUCUUGAGUGGUCCCUAUAGCGUUCUUUCAAUUAAAGCUAAAAUAAUAUAUAUUAUAUAUAACGGAGAACUUUUUUUGAUUCUUUAUGUGUUAGGUGAGCUUUCCACGGUAAAAAAAUAGCAAAAAUUGAACAUUUUUUUGAUUAAAAUUAACGGAAUUUUUCUGUAGUUGUGAUGACUGUUAUUUUUUUGACAAUUUGGUCAAAAAUUUAAAUUUGCAGAAAAUAAGCUUUAAAAUUUUCACAAAGUUUCAGCUCCAUACAAAAAAAGUAGAGACCAAAAAAAUUUUUUUGUAUAUUUUCUGAAGGUACUCUAAGAUUUUUUUCUAAUUCUUCAAUCCGAAAACUGGAUCCCAUAUCUUCAAAACCAAUCCAUUCUGACCUGAACCAUUCGUCCAUAUACUUUUUUUACCCAUUUUUUUGAUAAAAAAACGACCAUUUCAAGUUAUUUAUUUGGUUGAACUGGUUGUUUAGGGAUUACAUAGAGGACAAGAUUGGCCGCGUUUCGUUCGAUUUCUCCAAGUAUAGUCAGGAUCGGCAGAAGCUUUUCGUAGCGGUUCGCUUUGAGAGCCGCGAAAAUGCCAGGGAAUUCAUGGAUAAGUUCGUGAACUUUUUUUCCAGAUUUUGAAGUUAUUUUAGCCUAAAAAAAGCCGAACCAAAAAUAAAUUUUCAAAAGGAUUCCGUGAGAUCCAAAACAGCGGUCGGAGAAAGUUAAAGAUAACUGCAUUUUGGAGGGUUAGAGAUAAAUAUUGAACAAAAGCCUUGAAACCGUAAUCAUUGUUAAUCUUCCAGAUAUUCGGAACGCGAUUUUAUGGGACAUAAUUGUCAGCUCCAAUGGUUCCGCGACAUUCGCCGCUAUGCUGCUUAUCAAUCUUUGCAUGGUUAAUAUUUGGAGACAAGUUUGAACUUAUACUGAAUCUUCGAGACGGCUAUACGAAGGAAUUUUUUCAUUUAUUUGAUGAAAGUUGCAAAAUUUCCAGGUCGUGGCGGUUUCCGUGGUCGUGGCAACCGGAAUGAUCUUCGUGGCGACAGGUGAAUUUUUGAUAAAUCCUUUUGAGUUAAGCUUUUUUCGCGUGAAAUUUGAUGUGUAGUCUGUUUUCCGCGACUUGAAAAUGCUUUUUUUCUCUGCGCCCUCCUCGUCUGUCGGUGACCUUCCCAUGUUAACGUGCUAUUUUUAUUUUCUCUGACCUUGCUGGUGAGAGAACAGAGAGACGCAGACAGGCAGAAAGUUUCAUGUCGCGGAAGACUAAGGCUGGCUUGAGCUAUUGAAAAAUGGGUCCUGACACGAUUUAAUAAAAAAAAGAUAGCGCAUAUUUGGCGGAGAGUGCAGACAGUGCACGUUACAAGAUGGUCAUGAAUCGACUUCAUCAAAAAAAGAAUAAGAUCACUGUUUCAAUUGAAAAGUGCUGGACUUUUUAUGAAUCCCAGUGUUCAUCGACAUGCUGAAAAGUCGGUCAUUUUUUCGAAACGGCUAUUUUUUGAAAAUUGUAAAGUUUUUAUCAGUUCUAAACCAUCUUAGUGUCCAAAAAGCGUAGAUUUCUCAAUUUUGGUUAGGUUUCAAGUUUCGAAAAAAACCAAAUAUUGAAGACUCAAAAAAAGGGAUUUUUGUGUUUUUUCAAUAAAAUUCACUUUUUAAAAAUUUUACCAGAAAUCGAAAUAUGUUAGGUGCGAAAAAAAGAAAUUUGAGAGCAUUUUUUUCGGCAAAAAAAUAGAGAAAUUUAGGAAAAAAGGGAAUUUUUUUCCGACCGACUUUUUCUAGCAUGCCUUGUUGAACACAAGGUAAAAAUUAUUUUGAAAGAACUUAUUUCUGAAAUUUUAAAUUUGAAAAAAAUAAGAUUACAGUUUCAACUCUUAGUUGUCAAGAAAUGAUGUUUUCAUGGAAAUUUUCGAAAAAAAUUCGAUAUUUUUGCAGACCCCGUCGACGCCACCGCUCGGACAGCAGCGGGAGCAGAUCUCGCGAAAGAUCGCGUUCUCGUUCGCGAAGUCGCAGCAGUCGCUCGUCGCGCAGUCGCAGUCGCUCUGCGGACAAGACGCUCGACAGAACUCGCGACGAAGAAGACCGCAAGGACGUCUCCGACGACGAGCCGCCGCGCGACCGAAGCGACGGCGAAAUCGAGCCCGAGCAGGACGACAACGGCCGUCGCAGCAGAGAGGACAAGGCCGAGAAGAAAAAAAAGAAGUUCGUGCGGGGGACCUUUGCAUAUAGCUGAUUCACGGCUGGCUUGAGCCAUCGAAAAAAGGGUCCUGACACGAUAAUGCGCGAGAGAGUGCCUGGUUCGUGGAGAGCGCAGUCAGGCCACGCCCCCUUCGCGUCACAAGCUACCCGUGAAUCAGAUAUACGUGGGCCCGGCCACUUUUUAAUAGUGACGUCAUAGCGCACGUCCCCCAAAAAGUGUCGCAAGAUCCCUUUGAAAACAAAAUUCUCGAAAAAAUACUUUGAUUUUUUUUUUCAAUGCAAUCCACUAACGUGUUUUCGCUUGGUAACUGUUGAAAAUUGCACAAAUUUGACCUUUGAAAAUGCUAAAAUUUGUACAGAGGAAAUCUUAAGUGCUUCCGCAUUUUACGAAUUCAGUACCGCCCAAUUUUACGAGAAAACGAGCUCAUCUUAGAAUUUUUUUCCAUUCUUACAAGUUUUAUUUGAUUCGAAACUGUUCAGCGAAGAAUUUGAACAGAACAUUUUUUUUUUUGAAUAUUUGAAACAAAGAAUUCUUGAAUAUUCCAAAAAAAAAGCGGUCAAAAUCAUAGCCAAUAAAAAAGCUGGAAGAAUUUACAAUGGUCCUGAAUCCAAGAUUCGACCGAAAGAAACUUUGUCACGUAGACUUUUCAAUUUUUUUCGUGUUUAAAAUAGGAAAAAGCUCAAAAAUGGGUUCCAGCAAUAAGAUUCAGAUGUUAUAGAUGAUUUUUUUAGACCUUUUUUUUCGUUAAAAAGUUCAGAAAAAUAAUAUGAAAUAUGGAAAAAGUCAUUUUUUAAAAAAAUUAAUCUUUAAUAUUCGAUUAAUUAUGUAAACGUUUGAUUUUUUUGAAGGGUUCCUGGCAACCUGAAAUGAGUGUUUCCCUCUUUUUUUCUGGAAAAGACGUCUAUUUCAAGAAAUUUUUGCAGGAAGAAGAAGAAGCGCCACAGCUCGUCGGACGGCGAAAUAUUUUCCGACGAUGAAAAGUCCAAGAGUUUGGAAAUUUCCAGUGAAUCUCCUAUUAAGACCUUUUCAGAUUCGAAAACUUCCUAUAAAGAAGAUCAAAAAUAUUUUGACAUUUCGCUGGAUUCGAUCCCCCCGCCGCCAGUUUCCGAGGAACCUUUGACCAGGCCUCUCAUCGCUGCUCCUGGGGUUUCCAAGGAGAUCAAAAUCAAUAUUUCGACGAGCAAAGUUAGAAAAUGAUCCCUGAAUCGAGUAGACGAACUGAUUAUUGAAGGCGGAGUUGAAGGAGGAUUUGGACGAGAAUUCGCCGGCCUACGCCAUUCAAAACACGAAAUAUUCGAUUGGACUCGACUCGGUAUUGAAUUGAAAUGCGUAUUUUGGGUUGAAUCGGGUAUUCUGAUAGGAUACGCCGGCGAAAGUUGUUCGGAAUAAGACGGAGAGUCGGCCGUCGUCUGCUGGCCAUGGUUUGUUCCAUUUUUUUCAGAUUUAGAAAAAAAUUUUUGAGUUUCUACAGGUUAUUCCAGCUUUCAGAACAUUUUCAUGUUUUUUUUAAAUUUUUCCAGGGCUUUAAAUGGAUGUACUUUAUUAAAUUAUGGUAUCUUAAAGAAAUUUACUCAGAUUAUGUUGAGUAAGUCCCCAUUCUUCCAGGGAUUCAUAUCGAUUUUUUUAAAAAAAUAGUUGUUCAAAUUUUCAAAAAAAGCUUGAGGAAUUCUCGGCUCAGUUUUUCUACGGUAACAAUAUUUUUUUCGUCCCAGGACCUUUAUCAAGGCGACCAUUCAGCAUAUCUUUCUUAGCUUAUCUGACCCCGCCACCGCCGGAACCACCGAAACUGUCUGAUUUGCCUCCCCCGCCUCGCCCGCCGCCCGUUUCCAUGUGAGUUUUAUACAAUGAAAUCUUGGAGAGGGUCCAAUUUGAUGAUAACAAGGUCAUUUUUUUCAGAAAAGUCGCCGCCCGCGGAUUUCAUCCCAUCGGAUCCGAACCACAAUACGAAGAGGAAGAAGUUCCGAUUAAAAGGAGCCGAGUCACUACGGAGAAUGCCAAGGUGGGAACGAGGGAACUUUGAAAAUCGUGUAAAAUUAAUUGGUUCAUCUGUUUCCAUGUUCAUUUGAAGAUUCUAUAGUGGGUUUCGCGAGAGAAGGUCAUGAUUUAAAGGAACAGCAGAAAAAAAAAACUACCGCUCUCCAAAACUGUAAAAAGACGUAAAAAAAAACACCUAGAAAAAACUCUAGUGGCCACAAAAAUCACCUCCGUUAAAGGCACUAUGGUAUUUUUUUUUAAUUUGAGUAGUAGUACGGCUUAAACGAGUGGUUUUCAAAGGGUUCUGCUGGCCGCUUAAAAAGUUCUUUAAGGGCUAUUGGAAAGGAUACUAGAGUGGCCACUAGAACUACCUCUAUAGAAGCAGCUAUUUUGCGCCUUAGUGACCACUAUAGUGGUUUUUUUUUAUCUCGUUGUACCGCUUGGGCUUCUAAAGAGGACACCAAAUUUCAAUCUUUAAAUUGGCCGCUAGUUUGACCACUAUAGUGGCCACUCAAACGUCAGAACCCUAAAGUGUCCCCUGAAAAAACCCUAUAGAAGCCACUAUUUUACUUAUAAGUGGCCACUAUAGUGGUUUUUUGGUCUCGUAUUACCACCUAAGCUCCUAAAGAGGCCACCAAACUUUGGCAUCUGAAUUGGCCACUAAUUUGAUCACUAUAGUGGUUACUCAAGCGUCAGAACCCCAAAAAGGCCACUGGAAUACUCUAUAGAAGCCACUGUGGUAUAACGUUUAAAAAAAACGUGACAAGCAAAUUUCAGUUUUUUGGCAAUUUUUCAAGAUUUUCAGAAAAAUCCCGAAAACAGUGAACUGUUUCAAGGUUAACUCGUACACAUCCUGCAUAUAUAUUUUUUAAAUCCCUUGUAAACUUCGAAAAAUGUUUAAUUAACGGUUUUCACCGUGAUUCAUAUAUAAUUAAUGAGUCGGGGAGCUGCAAUUUUGGCAUUUCGAGUUGGUUCAUGCAAUUUCCAUGGUAACGGGCUGUUACCUUCUUUUUCCCCCUUGUUAUUUCAGCUUUUCCUAUUUUUAUUUUUCACUGCUCGAAAUCCUCCACCGUUUAUAUAAUUUUCUUCAAAAAGUCUUAAGAAAUCGUUGAAUCUUGAAAAUUUUGAAAGAAAGUUUACACUUUUGGGUGAACUUAUGUUCAAUUAAGACAGUUUCUCAUUUUUUCGAAGUUUAAAAAAGUCGAAAAAAGUCAUUUUUUCAGCCGAUCGUGACGAAUCGUUACGAAGACGUGGAAAUGGAUCUGGGUACCCCGGAGCGAAUUUCGCCUAACGCCAAUGGCGUCGGAACGCCGAAAACCCCGUCCGGCCGAGCUUCCAGAUAUCCUUUCACUCAAAAGUCCGUUUUGAUGUGGAAUCGAAUAAAAUGGAGGCUUUCAGGUAUUUCGGACACCUCGACAAGUUCCAGUCGGAGAAAAUCGGCAAGGUCAGAGUCGAAAGGAAGAAGAGUGCUGGUGGGUUUUUUUCGUUUUUACGACGCCCCGCCCAUAUAUUUUCCGUAAAAUGUUGUGUGUCGUGUGCAUGCACCGCCAUGCUCUAGCACAUUCCGUGUUCAAAGUAAUUUCCGCGAAAUUCAAAUUCACGUCUAGAUUUUCGAAAUUCAGUUGUAUUUUUCGCUCUCUAGCGGCUAUUCUGAAUUUCCCGGGAUCCCUUUGAACAGGGCAACAGUAAAAUUGCGGUUUUUUAAAUGAAAAAUAUAUUCGUUUCAUGACCCAUUGAACAUGCGCCUUUAAUAUCCCCUGUUGCUUACGCUUGAUUCCCAUGACGUCAUGGGAACGGCGGAGGUUUCGACUCCGCCCCCUUCAUUUUUGGCCUCGCAUUUUCCUCCAUUAACAAAAAUGCCGAGUUUUAAAAACAUAUCGAUAUUUUUUCCAGAUUUCGGCGAAGGCCUGAAGUUGUCCUUCGGUCAAGACGCUCAGAACGACGAAAAAAGCAAAAUCGAGGCCCGAGAAGCUCGUCUCGCCCUUCUGGAAGGCGUCGAGAUUGACCGAUUUAUCGUCAAGAAGAAGAAUCUUGAAAAGGUAUCGAUUUAGUAAGAAAAUGGGAAAAAACAGCGCAUAUUGGAUGUAGGGAUCACAUAACCCCUAUAGGGAUCACUUAAAAUUUGAGAGGUUAGGGAUCUGACCUUUAAUCCUUUUAGGAGGAACCAUCUAAAUUUAGCCCUAUAGGGAGCACUUUUUGUAUCCUAUAAGUAAUGUUUUACCCCCUAAACCCUAUAGGGGCCACUCAGGCGUUUUUAACAAAAAUUGAAUACCCCUAAAGGGAUUACUUAAGUUUUAGGGGCUUAGGAUUCAGACCCUUAACCCCUUUAGGGACCAUCUAAAUUUACCCCUUUAGGUAGCACUUUUUUUGACCACGGUAGGUGCAGAAUUUUCACCCUAAACCCUAUAGGGACCACUUGGGCGUUCCUAACAAAACUUGAAUACCCCCAUAGGGAUCACUUAAGAUUUGAUUGAGAGCUUAGGGUCAGACCGCAAACCCCUUUAAAAGCCAUCUUGAUAUUGCCCUAUAGGGAGCACUUUUUGUCUCCCACAUUUUUCUCCCUAAACCCUAUAGGGACCAUUCAGGCGUUCCUAACACAAAUUUUAACCUUCUAUAGGGAUCACUCAAGAUUUGAGAGCCGAGGGUUCUGAUCCUUAACCCCUCUAGGGAACAUCUAAAUGUACCCUCAUAGGGAGCACCUCCUUGUCCCCUAUAGGUACUGUUUUUCUUCCUUAAACCCCUUAGGGACCACUCAGGCGACCCCACGAAGAAGAACAUGGAAUUUCACUCAAAUUUUCCUUGGAAAAAAUAGAAUAGAUUAAUGCAUGGCUGACCAAAAAAAAAAAAUUAAAGAAGGUUAGGAAAAAAGUCAAGUCCAAAUUUGGAGCCUUUAUUGAGAAGUUAAAGCUGAAAUUCGUAAGAGUGGUCGAGUUUUUUUGUCAAUGAAUCGAUGAAUUUAAAAUUUUGCUAAUUCUGAGGAACGAGCCCAAAAUUUGUUUUUUGAAAAGUGGGCAUAUUACAGUAUAGCCCCCCGCAUAUGUUGGAUAUCACCCCCCGCGACACGUUCGAACAAGCCCCCCACACUUAUCCAAUAUAGCCCCCGGAACUAUCCAGUAUAACCCCCCACACCGAAAAAAAGGUCACGCAACGAUCACGCAGGACACGUGUCAGAGCUUCCAUUUUUUUAAAUUUAUUUUCUAAUUUUUUUUCGUAUCAUUCGUCGUUCUUGGUUGUUUCAAAUGGUUUUUUUGUAUUUUCGCAUGUAAAUUCGUGUUCUUUUUGUGAAUUUAAUAAUUUUUUUGUGAUUUGAUUUGUAGAUCAUGGAAGAAAUUAGGUCGCUGUCCGAGUUUCAUGAGAAGUUCAAGUCAGACAAAGAAGUUUACGGGUACGUCUCGCCGAGAUACGUACGAAUAUCAUAAAAUUAUGGGGCGCUGACCACUUAGAAAAAUUUAAGAUGAACUUUAUUAGUUUUCAAUCAAGUAAUUGUUCUGAGGAAUAGAAUUUUUUUGCUUUUUUUCUUUUCAUGCACAUUAAUUAAUAAAUUACUUAGGAAAAAUAGGCUUAGUUUUUAAGGCUUCACACGGAGGCGGAGCGCGCAUAGCUAGGGGGCGCAAAGCCCCACCCCUUCACGCCACCAAAAUGACGAUUUUUUUGUUGCAAAAACGGUUUUGAGGCGUUUAUACUAGCUAAAGUCCCACUUUGAAAAAUUAACUGUUUCUGUUAAUCUAUGUAAUCGACAACGCUCUACAAGACUGAAUAUUUUUUUAAAAACUAUGUAUUUUUUUCAAAAAAAUAAGCGAAAAAAAGUAAGAUUUAACACGAAAAAAACUGACAAGUUUCACAAAAAUCGUCGCGUUUCAGAAAACCAAGUGAGGAACGCUUCUAAAUUUUUAAGUAUGUUAUACAUUAACACUUUCUUUAUUUUUUUGAGGGAAAAUGAAAAAAAUCUACCGACGCGAAAAAAAUAUUAAAGCUUGUAAAGUGACACCAAACUUUGAAGCUGAAAUGCGAAAAAAUUUCAGCGACAUGGUAUACUUUUUAUUUGAUUUAAAAAAACUAACAGUGUGUCCAAAAAAAUAAAAAAAUUCAAAAAUGAAAAACAAUUAUUGGGACAGCGAAUCAAGUUAUAUUUGAGUUUUACCAAAACCUCCAUUUUUUUCGCCUGCCUCGUUGACGCAUGAGAGAAUAGGAUCGCGUCUAUACUUUUGAUCAGGUUAUUAAGCGUUCAAAACUCUAUCAAUGAAAAAAUUAUGAAAAAAAUCGAUCGACGCGAAAAAAAUAACGGCUUUGAAAACCUCGAAAAAAUGGCAAUUUUUUUUUAAAUUUCGGAACAUUUCGUGCAAGCGUCCGUAGCAGUGUUUGCAUCCAACACACCGAUGCGCCCUUUUAAAUGUCGCAGGAGCCGUUUUUCGGAGACAAAUUGCACUUUUUCCUGUUUUAUGUCGAAAUAACAUUAUUUUUUUCAUUUUUUUCUUUUUUUCCCAAAUCGAAUGAUAAUAAUUUUUUUCUGAGUAGAAAAAAAGAAAAAAAUAAGCUGAAAAAAAUCGCUUUGACCUUUUUUUCUAGGUAGUUUUUUUGAUAUUUUAUCAAAAAAAUUCUUAUGAGGAUUGUACAAAAAGAUUCAUACCAAAACAUGAGGCUCAGUUCGGACAACCUCUCAGAACAGAAAAACCGAUUUAAAAACGGUCCAGAAACGCGCAAAAACAUUUAAAAAGAAAGCGUGCGGCAGCGGGUAAACCGUGAGAUUUUGCCUCCAGUUGUACGCCGCGCGCGCUCGUUUUUUGGCCAUAACUUUUUUCUUAGUGGAGCUUUUUUCAAAAACUAAACGGAUUAUGAAAAUGGACAGUCUCCUCUAUCGAACAAUGUAAAAAACAUAUUUUUUGAAUCGUUCUGAAGAAAUGGCUUGCGGACCCUACGCAUAGCGCGAAGCCGACUGUGGCUCGCUUCGAAAAAACUGAGCCACAGUGAACAAUUCGUCAAAUAAAUAAAAUACUUGACAUGGAGGGGGUCAUUCUGAAAUAGAGGGGGCCAUUCUGAAAUGGAGGGGGCCAUUCUGAAAUGAGAGGGGGUCAUUCUGAAAUGGGAGGGGGCUUGUUCGAAUGAGCUCUGGGGGACUAUUUCAAAGCCGUGCGGGGGCAAAUAUGAAAAGAUUGCCUAGGCAUUUCAGAAUCGCCCCCUGUUUUUGUACUGUGGGGGCAUUCUAGAAUACAUAUUCACCCCCCGCGUUCGAUUCUUCCCCCCACAUGAAGUCCUCCUAUUUUACCCCCCACAGAUCGGAACUUGGCUUGGUGGGGGGCUUGUUGGAACGCGGGGGGCAAAAACAGUGUGGGGGGCGAUUCUGGAAUUUUCCUUUAACAGUUGCUCUGCUAGAAAGAAUGAAACGAAACGGUAUAGCUGAAUCUGAGACUGUGCCAUCGAAAAAGGGUCCUGACACGAUUUGAAAAAAGAGAGAGUGUUAAUUUAGAGGAUAGCGCAGACAGUUCACGUCCCCAAAAUAGCCGCGGAUCAGAUAUACUGUUUUUUUAAAUGUAAGAUUACAGUUUCAACUGUGAUUAUUCAAGAAAUGAUGAAUUUCUAAUGAGUUUGAUCUUCUAUUCUCAUAUUUGAUGUUUGUUGAGGAAACCUAGUAUAACAAUUUUUACGAUACAGUUUGUGAAAUGUUCGAAAAAUGAAUUUCAGGCGUUCUGCCAAGACUGCGAGACGUUCGCCGUCGUGACCCAGAAGCUCCUGAGCAAGGACGACACAUUGGAGUCGUCCCUGAGGAUCGCCCUCAUCGAGAACUUGGACGAACUCUACGCAGAGUUCCUCAAGAAAGUCGACAAAGUCCUGGAAGACAUGAUUUAA